UUAGUGAUACUGAAUGUGAGAAUGAGGACCUUUUAUAAUUUUUUAAAUUUUUUAAUUCUAUUAAUAUUAAAAUCUCGAGAUAUUUCCACGAAUAAAUGAUAUGAGAUUUUGAUUAUUACCUCCAUCAUCGUCAUCAUUAUUAUUAUUAUUGAACAAUAUAUUUUUUUCCAAAAUCAUUUUUCAUUUAUAUCAUUCUUCUCCAUCUGUAGACUCUACUUUUCUUUUCCAUUCAUAUAACUGGAAUUUCAUCAAUCUUAGGAUCACGAAAUUUUAUCGUAAAGAAUUACGAUCAAAUUAAUUUAUUUUCACGAUCAAUUUCAAUUACUGAGGAGGAGACCCAAUUUUAUAUCAAUUUUAUAUUUAUUUUGAUUUUUGGACAUUCAGAGGUUUAUAUUUCAAUUGAUUUAACACCAGGAUUUGGUUUG